GUCACCUGCCACUCACAGGAGACAUAUGGCACCAUACUAAAAGUGUAUUCAGCUAUUUCAGCACAAACUCGAGGGAAACUAGAAAGAUGCCUCACCGACUCAGUUUGUGACACCUGUAGAGGAGACUGAGUGAAGCAAACAUGGCCAACAUGGCGGUACAGAUUCUAGGCUUCUUCCUGGGCAUGCUGGGGUUUGUGGGAACUGUAGUUUCCACGGUGCUGCCCCACUGGAGGAGUACAGCCUAUGUCGGGUCUAACAUCAUCACAGCCACCUCAUACAUGAAGGGCCUGUGGAUGGAGUGUGUGUGGCACAGCACGGGCAUCUAUCAGUGCGAGGUGUACAGAUCCAUGCUGGCACUGCCCCGGGACCUACAGGCGGCCCGAGCUCUUAUGGUCCUGUCUUGUGUCACGUCUGUACUGGCUGGUGUGGUUUGUGUUUUGGGAAUGAAGUGCACCUAUUUCGCACAUCACUCCGUCAUCAAAUCCCCCCUGGCUCUGAGCGGAGGUGUUUGCUUCAUCUGUGCUGGGAUCCUCUGCCUGAUAACAGUCAUAUGGACCACCAAUGAUGUGGUAAUGGAGUUCUAUUACCCCCAGGCUGGUUUUAAAUACGAGAUUGGUCUGUGUGUAUACCUUGGUUACGCUGCUUCGUGCCUCAGCUUGGUCGGGGGGCUCGUGAUCUGUUGGAACAGCAGUGGAAAAAGUGGGUCCAGACGUCCAGAGUUUCACACACAGAGGAGUCAACCCUUGUCUCCUCCUCCAGCUUUUAAUAACAUUUACCCCCCUGCUCCACCCUACAACCCCGCCGAGGCACUCAAAGACAACCGGGCUCCUUCCAUGACCUCUCUGUCCAGCAAUGGAUACAGACUCAAUUACUAUGUUUAAAUAUCACACUAUGGAGUUUUUGCACCCUAUGAUUCUGGACUAAAAUCGCAACUUUUAAUGAAAUUUUCAUAUAAUUUUAUUAUCAUCCACUUUACACAAACUUUAUAAAACUCUUUGGACUUUCCUUGGACCUCAACAUCCUUGUAAUCCUUACUGUUGAAUCUUCACUGAAAUGCUGUUUAGUUAUGAUACCACAAGGGGGAGUCAUAUAUCUUGUAAUAGGUUCAGUAGCUACAUACAGGAUAUAACACUCUUUUCUGAUUAGAUUACACCACAAAAACACAUUAUUUUGGAAGAUAUGUAAAUGUCCAUUCAUUAACUUUGCCUUUACAAAAGAUAAAUGCACCUUAAUCUAAUCAUGAUGUUUUAUAAGAAAUGAAUAUGAAUUGUGUUUUGCUUCAGAAAUUAAUACACAUGUUUUAAUAC